AACACACCAAAACUAUCAUCACAUAGACAUAAUACUAAGCUUUCUAGCUUCAAAAAAAAUGGCUUCCAUCAAUGUUUUGUCAUUCAUGAUACCACUUGUUCUACUCAUAACAUUUUCAUCAAUCACAAAUGUUGAAGGAGCACGUAACCUUCUAAACAUACAUCAAGUUUCUAAAGUUGAUUUGCCAAUAGCACUCCCUGCUCUGCCAGCACUCGCUGCAUUGCCAGCACUCCCUGCUCUACCAGCACUCGCUGCAUUGCCAGCACUCCCUGCUCUACCAGCACUACCUGCUCUACCUGCAUUGCCAGCACAACCACCUUAAAAAGUUCUGAUCCAUAGUUGCCUACUAUUCCACGUGUGCCUAAGCCAUAACUGCCUAAAAAGUUCAUCAAAUCUAUAAGUAUUGGAUGUGUUUGUUUAAUGUUGUUUAAGUUGCUUGAUGGUGUUUCUGUUGAAGUUUAUUUGUAUUGAAGCACAUGUUGUGUUCAUAAAUAAUUUCAUGUGUUCUUUUCUCAUCAUGUAAAAACCAUGGAGGGAUUAUGUGGUAUGAAAUUGUCAUAAUGACUUGUAUUUGUCUAAUAAGAGUGAAUGUUUAA